AAAAUUGCCAGCCAGUGCUUAGCGAUCUUAUCGGAACGUGUGUGGAUGGACAUACCUUCUUCAAAACAAGCAAGUAUCGAUCCUUCAUCUUGCGGACAUAGCAAAAUCUAGCUACUCUCAACAAUCAAAACCGCCCCUAGCCUGAACCGACAUUAAACCAGCUCAACUGAGACCGGUAUCGAGACCUUUUUUGGCAUCGGGCAUUUACGCAUAGGCUAGGGAUGAGGCCUUCCAAUGCCGGAGUCUAUGGAUGAUGGGCCCACGAACAUGCCCCCAAUGGCUAGGCUACCCAAGAACUUAUCCCAUACAAAUUAUCCACGAGGAGUACGGAAUCUACCGAUUUCCCCAAGAACCUGGUGGCCGGUGCAACAGGGAAUCAAACUGGUAAAAGUGAAAUACAGACUUUACUUUUGGGGUGCAAAUUUGAAAGAAUCUAACAUUUAGGGCCAUAUAUUGAACAUACAUAAAGCUCAGGGUGCCAAGUGGGGGAGUAUAUGAGGUGAAGUUUCCCGGUGCGCUAGACAAUUGCGCCAUUUCUCGCUCAGUUUUUGCUCUGUCCCUCAGCUCAGUGCUCCUCUCUCAGUCGAAUGAACCGCAAAAUCGGCGACUCCAUGAACUUCGAUUUGAUUCCCGAACUUCUCAGAUCUGCAGCGAUUUCCUCCGAUCAAUAACCCUAAGCAUUUCGCCGUUGGAACCUCCAUUGGAACUUCGAAGCAGCUUCAUCUUCAUCUUUCGGCUCCACCUCCAGAACAAUGGGAGUGGUGAUCGAGAGCUCCGUCUGGGAGCCGAAUGCUUCUCUGUUCGUCUUCAUCUUCUUCUCAUGCCUGCUCUCGGUAUUCCUCCUCCCUUACGCCACCAAAAGCUCAUCUCCUUCUCCGUUCCAGCUCGGAGUCUCGCCAUCCUUUCUCCGUUUCAAGCGCAACUUCCUGCUGAUCUAUUCGCUCGCAUCAGUACUGGGAGGAAUUUGGUCAGUGUUUGGAGAAUUUGAGUGGAGCAACUAUGGUGUGAGUAGAGAGCAAAUGGUGUUAAUCCUUGUUGUUGGAUUUGGAGCUUCCCUUCUCGUGGGAACUUCUUUGGGAGUGCUUUCUGACAUAGUAGGUCAGAGGAAAAUGACUCUAAUAUUUUGCCUUUUGCACCUUUUUGUUGGUGUCUGGAAGAGGCUCACAGCACAUCCAAGUGUAUGGCUAGCUAGCAUAUGUCUAUCCGUGGCUUCUUCAAUAUUUUCAUAUAGCUUUGAGACAUGGAUGGUUCUUGAACAUGAAAAGCAAGGCCACAGACAAGAUUUACUGAGUGACACAUUUUGGCUAAUGACUUUUUUUGAGUCUGCAUCUUUAAUUGGAAGCCAGGCGCUUGCAAAUCGGUUGGUUCGUACUGGAGGAAAAACACACUUAGCAUCUGCCUUUAGCGCUACCAUCUUGUUGGCACUAAUCAGCAUUAUUUGUAUAUCAUGGUUAAGCAAGGAAUCUUAUCAAGCUGCAGAGGUUGAGAAUCGUAAAAUGUCAUAUGCAUCUGUUCUUCCCGAUAAGAGGAUAUGGCUGUUGGCAUAUGCGCAAGCUUCAGUUCACUUCUCUGUAUCCAUAGUUUGGAUUCUUUGGGCCCCCACUUUGGUGGCUGAUGGUCGGGAAGUGCAUCUUGGAUUAAUAUAUCCAUGCCUUUUGGGUGCAAGGAUGCUUGGAACUGCUAUAUUUCCAUGGGUCAUCAGCGGAUCAUCUCUUCGAACAGAGGAAUGUUUAGUUUAUACUUUCAUUAUAUCGGGGCUUGCAGUUUUUAUCAUAGCAUAUGAUUAUCAGGAAAUUGGGGUUCUAGUAUCAUUAUUUUGCUUGUUUCAUGCCUGUAUUGGCAUAAUCUUACCUUCUCUUGCCAGAUUGAGGACCAUGUAUGUGCCGAAUGAGUUACGUGGAGGGAUGAUAAGUCUCUCUCUUGCCCCUGCAAAUGCUGCAGUUCUGCUAUUUCUGUUACAAGGAGGCUAUUACAGGAAUGUUGGUAAUUCAGCAAUAAUGGGACUUAGUGCCAUCGGCCUUUUUUCAUCAGCUGCUUGCAUGCAUUUCUUGAAGAGGUUGGGAAAGCAACCAUACUCGAACUGGCAUAAGUUGUGAUUUCACGUGAAGUCCUGAAUUCCAUUAAAGGCGACUGGUAUUGGGAGAGAAAUUAUUGGAGAAAAGCCUUGCUCUCUAUGAAGCAAAGCGACAAAUGGGAAAGGUACGGAAAUUCAAAUCCCUCAUCAAUUGAGACUUGAGAUUACAGGAAGGAGGUAUUUGUUGAUGCUGGAACUUUCAAUUGCUUAAUUCCAUUCGAAACCUACAAAAUGUGAAGCUAGGGAGGACCAAACCAGUGCCUGGACUUCCACGAGCAAAAGAUAGUAUGGCAGAAUCGGCGACUCUUCAGGUACCCAUCUUCGUAGUUUCUGAUACACUGCUGAGAAUUUCGUUGAACAGCUAGGCUGUACAUUCUUAACAAUUUUGUUCGCUUUUCCCUCGCUCUGAGUAAACAUGUCAUUACCGUAUAGAAUUUUGGCUUUAUGUAUUUAACUAAUUUGAGGUUGAAUCUGCUAUUUGCAUUGCAUUUUUGGA